AUGUAUGAAUACAUUUUAUGUUUACCCGCUUUGUUUAUUGUCUGUCAAGCUUUACGACGACUUAGUCACGUCCUUUUCGAUUCAUUAGGCGAUAUCCCUGGUCCAAUAUGGACUCGCUUCUUCUCAAUUUGGUACUUUAACCGUGUUAUCCAAGGCAACUUUGAGCACGAUAACUUCCAUCUCCAUCAGAAAUACGGCCCAGUAGUACGUAUUGCACCAAACCAGUACAGCAUCAACGAUUUAUCUGCAAUCAAGACGGUAUAUGGAACUAGGUCUCGCUUUGCAAAGUCAGCUUGGUACGAUGGCUGGAGACACCCACAGCAGUGGACUGUAUUUUCCGAUCGAGAUAUCAACAGGCACGCCGAAACACGCAAGCGGUUCACAGGCUUGUAUGCGAUGAGUUCUGUGAUGCACUAUGAGACAUUCGUAGACCACUGCGCCGAUAUUUUCAUAAAACGAAUGAGCGACUUCGCGGAUAAAAGGCAGACUGUCAAUCUUGGUCAUUGGUUCCAAUGCUAUGCAUUUGAUGUCAUUGGGAACAUUACUUUUGGUGACACAUUUGCUCAAACACCGAGCCAAUAUUCUGACCUGCAACUAGGCUUCUUGGAUCGAGGCGACGAUAUUAAUGGAGCCAUCGACGCCGUCGAUAAAGUAAUGAAGUACAGCACAUUAAUUGGGAUUUAUCCAGAAUGGCACCCUCGUAUCUUCGGUCUUCUGAGGAAGCUUCAACUAUCCGGUGCGAAUGGAAUGGCAUUUAUUAGCAAUUUUGUGCGGGAGAAAAUUCGUUUGCGUGAAGAGAAGUUUGAUGAUUCUUCGAAAGCUGCUUCUGAAACAGUUGAGACCCAGGAUUUCCUCGACAAGCUGAUCUUGGCGCGAAACAAAGACCCAGAGAGGCUAACCGGAUUCCAUCUCUUCAUUAUGAGCCAGUCAAAUAUGACUGCUGGAUCUGAUACGACGGCGAUAAGUCUGUCGGCUAUUAUAUGGUAUCUUGCGCAGAAUCCCGAAGUGUUGACCAAGUUGCGUAAUGAAAUCGAAAUAUUCACGGUUCAAGGUCAUUGCAGUAUCAAUAUGACUUUCAAGGAGAGUCAAGAGAUGCCGUAUUUCCAGGCGGUCAUCAAAGAAGCACUUCGCAUGCAUAGUGCCGUCGGUCUGCCUCUAUGGCGGGUUGUACCUCCAGGUGGUGCAGACAUCGGUGGCCGGUUCUUCCCAGAAGGUACGGUUGUCGGUGUUAACCCCUGGGUUGCCCAUUACGAUGAGCGAGUGUUUCCAAAUGCGAAGACUUUCCAGCCUGAGAGAUGGUUGGAAGCUGAGAGUGACCCCGAGAGAUUGAAGGAAAUGAAUUCAAUGUACAUGCCAUUCGGUCUGGGCUCCAGAACAUGUCUAGGGAGGCAUAUUGCCAUCCUUGAGAUAUCCAAAUUGAUCCCACGAAUAGUGCGAGACUAUGAUAUUACUCCAUUAAGGAAGAAUUGGACCACUCAGAACUAUUGGUUUGUUAAACCUACCGAUUUUGAAGUGAAAGUACAGAGAAAGGCAUCGGCGUAA